CGCUCUCUCGGAUGGGAGGUUUCUCUCAGCAGUUUUGAAAAUUAGCCGUGGUUUCAACGACGCAUCAUUCGAGUCCUGAUAUUCUAAAAAGAUAUUUGGCACCUGUUUACCAGAGGAAACACGGGGAAAUUCAUCUCUUAGAGGAUGGAAGACUUCGGCCGAUUUGUCAAAAAAAUGUUUGCUGUAUUUGUGAUCUUUUUGACUGUCUUGGUGGAGCAGGGCUAUGGCAGCAAUAGAUGUCAAAGGAAAGCUUACAUUGAGCUGUACAACAAGCAAAAUCCUGCUAAGUUUAAAUGUUGGCCCCCUCCUGAAUGCCAUAAUGGACAAGAGGCAACUGUGGAGCCAGGCUCAUCACACCCCUUUGGGACUGAUAUCAGCUGUAGAAGCUGUAAAAAUGGUUUCUUUUCGAACAACCAGACAAUUUAUAAGUGUCGCAAAUGUACUUCUUGUGGCAAAAAACAAGAACUUUAUCCAUGCACAUUUGUGAAGGACAGAGAGUGUGCAAACAAGUGCAUUUCUGAUAAAUACUACUUCAACAGCACAGAAAAGGAAUGUUAUCCAUGUGUUGAAUGCUGUGAAGGUGAUGACGAGAACAUUGAACCACAGUGCAUUACUAUGAGAAAAGGCAUAGUUAUAGGAGGAAAAGGAGAGAAGCACUGCAGGUUGUCAAAUAGAAGGUGUGAUGAACUGCCAAGUACUUCACCUGACAGAUGUACAUGCAACUGUUCUGUACCAAACAAUUUGCGUGUUGCGAUUGGAGACUUCCCAACAUGGAAUAUGUCAUCAAACUUGCACAACAACAGCUCUUCACUGCACAAGCCCUGUGUUGUAGAAAUGUCUUUUAUCAUUGGACUUUCUUGUUCUCUGGUAGUUGUGCUUCUUCUUAUUUUGGGAUAUUUUUUUUAUUGGAGAAGAACAUGUCCUACAUUCUGCAUCUCUGACUCAUCAACUUGUGCAGGUUCGGGAUGUUAUGAGGAGGUAAUGCAAUUGACUCAGCAAUGCAUGCCCUGCCAGGAAAAACUGAGUCUCAUCCCAGGGUCUAAAACACGUGCUGGAUUGCUAUGCCUACUUCAGUUCUUGCUAUCCACCCGAUUUCACAAUCUUGAACAGAGUGGAAACAAAGGAGUUUUUCAAAGAUGAAUGGCAAUAAGGAGAGCUCUUCAAGUGUUGAAAAGAUGAAAAAGUGGAGAGAGAAAAAGACAGAGAAAAAGAAAGAAGCUGACAAAAAGUAUUACGAAUGAAAUCGUGAUGGAAAAAAAAGUGCAUUUCUUGCUGGAACUAUGAGACGUGUGUGGAGAACUAAAGAGAAAAAGAAAUAACAUUUACAAAGUCCCUAUGGAUGUCAAUGAAGAAAUCAUUGCCUCUUUGUAAAUCCAGAUAGUGUUGAAAUAUAUUUAUAUCUUGCAUUUUAGUCAUUAUAGCCAGUGAAAUCAAGUGAGAGAGUCAAAUACCAUGCCCACAGAGGAUUGUGGGUAUUUAAUAACUUCGCUUUAAAAAUCUUACAAACAUCGCAAAACUCACUAAAAAUGCUUUUAUGAUGAUAACUAGCUUUUAUCUAGCAAACAAUAACAUUUUUCGCACACUUGCCACAUUUUCAUGAAAAUGCCUUAUGUUACACAAAUGGGCACUAUGAUUGUGCUACAAGUCUUACAAGAGAUUCUGUUUAUACUGAUUUGAUUUAGAAACGCUUGGUUUCUCCAAAAAAGGGGUCACUUAUGAGAGGGUGUGGUCGCAAAGGGAGGUUUGACUGUAUCUAGAGACAUAGGAAUGCUGCUGUCCGCAGUGUUCAAAUAGCUAUCAGAAAAUUCACUUCUAGUGUGAAUAAGGUUCAUCCUCUGACAGGAAUUAAAUACUCUGUAUCUUGUGUUAUUGUUACUUAAAAUUUGUGUUUUAUUGUGAAUACAUACAUGUCUUGAAAUCUGCAUCACAUAAAUUAUAUGUGCAUGUAUUUGGAUUAUCAUUAAACCUCUUCUCUUGAAAAUGGUUUUAAAAAUCUAUAGCAUGCCUUUACUUUGGAAUACAUUUAAGAGCUGAUUGUUUUUAUGGAUACUGCCUCCUAAAGGAGGCAAAGCCACAUAUUUUGUCACAAUGAGUGAGUGAGUGUAACAAUGGAAUUCCGAUCUUGACCCAAUUUUGACCCAAUGUUUCCUGGUGCUACUUAUUGUUUAUUUGGGAGUAUCUUAGAAGUUCGACUUUCACACACAAUACACAGUUGAAUUCUUAUUUUGGUAAUUUCUGGCUUAUAGCCACUAGCACUUCAAUUCUUGCCUUUAAACUAGGGAAGGCAGCAGGAGACAACAAGCUUCUCACAAUCAUUCCAGGAUUGCACACAAUUUUUAAUUUCAAUGCUACAAACGUUGUGCUAUACCAGUAGCCACAUGCAGUCUUUGACUGUCUAUUUUUG